GCCGCCAAAAGUUGAGUGGGGGAGAGAGUCAAGAUGGCGGACAAGACGCCUGGCGGUUCGCAGAAGGCCAGUGGGAAGACCAGGGUACCAGACACAACACGUUCCACUGGAUCUCCGGAGAAUCAUCCACUUUUAGAAAGCAAACUUAAAGCUUUCAGUAUUGGUAAGAUGAGUGCUGCCAAGAGAACCUUAAGCAAGAAGGAACAGGAGGAACUGAAAAAGAAGGAAGAUGAGAAGGCAGCUGCAGAAAUUUAUGAAGAAUUCCUUGCUGCCUUUGAGGGAAGUGAUGGCAGUAAAGUAAAGACAUUUGUCAGAGGUGGUGUUGUUAAUGCAUCUAAAGAACAUGAAACUGAUGAAAAACGAGGAAAAAUCUACAAGCCUUCGUCACGAUUUGUGGAUCAAAAAACCCAGCAAAGCCAGUCAUCCUCUAACGAGAGACCUCCAUCCCUUCUAGUGAUAGAAACCAAAAAGCCACCUUUGAAGAAGGGGGAAAAAGAAAAGAAAAAGAGCAAUUUGGAGCUUUUUAAAGAAGAGUUAAAACAAAUUCAAGAAGAACGUGAUGAAAGGCAUAAAACCAAAGGUAGAUUAAGUCGUUUUGAGCCACCACAGUCAGAUUCAGAUGGACAGCGUCGUUCCAUGGAUGCUCCUUCAAGAAGAAACAGAUCUUCGGGUGUCCUGGAUGACUAUGCUCCAGGUUCUCAUGAUGUUGGAGAUCCAAGCACAACCAAUUUGUACCUUGGAAACAUUAAUCCCCAGAUGAAUGAGGAGAUGUUAUGCCAAGAAUUUGGGCGUUUUGGACCUCUAGCAAGUGUCAAAAUUAUGUGGCCAAGAACUGAUGAAGAAAGAGCAAGGGAAAGGAAUUGUGGAUUUGUUGCCUUCAUGAACAGGAGAGAUGCAGAACGUGCGCUAAAGAACUUAAACGGAAAGAUGAUAAUGUCUUUUGAGAUGAAACUCGGCUGGGGCAAAGCUGUUCCUAUUCCUCCUCAUCCUAUAUACAUUCCUCCGUCAAUGAUGGAGCAUACUCUUCCACCACCUCCAUCGGGACUGCCCUUUAAUGCUCAGCCCAGAGAGAGAUUGAAGAACCCUAAUGCUCCAAUGUUGCCGCCACCAAAAAACAAGGAGGACUUUGAGAAGACUCUGUCGCAAGCCAUAGUCAAAGUGGUUAUCCCAACAGAAAGGAAUUUGCUUGCGCUGAUACAUCGAAUGAUAGAAUUUGUGGUGCGUGAAGGACCUAUGUUUGAAGCCAUGAUUAUGAACCGAGAAAUCAACAAUCCGAUGUUCAGGUUUUUAUUUGAGAAUCAGACUCCAGCACAUGUCUACUACAGGUGGAAACUUUAUUCGAUCCUACAGGGUGAUGCUCCAACCAAAUGGAGAACUGAAGACUUUCGUAUGUUUAAAAAUGGGUCCUUUUGGAGGCCACCCCCUUUAAAUCCAUAUCUCCAUGGGAUGUCAGAAGAACAAGAGCCUGAAGCAUUUGUGGAGGAGCCUAGCAAGAAGGGUGCACUUAAGGAAGAACAGAGGGACAAGUUAGAGGAAAUCCUGCGUGGCUUAACACCACGUAAGACCGAUAUUGGAGAUGCAAUGGUUUUCUGUCUUAAUAAUGCUGAAGCUGCUGAAGAAAUUGUAGAUUGCGUUGCAGAAUCACUAUCCAUUUUGAAGACUCCACUUCCUAAAAAGAUUGCAAGAUUAUAUUUGGUUUCUGAUGUGUUAUACAAUUCUUCCGCUAAAGUUGCCAAUGCAUCAUAUUACAGAAAGUUUUUUGAAACAAAGCUAUGUCAGAUAUUUUCUGAUUUGAAUGCUACCUACCGAACAAUUCAAGGCCAUUUACAAUCUGAAAACUUUAAGCAACGGGUAAUGACAUGCUUCAGAGCAUGGGAAGACUGGGCGAUUUAUCCAGAACCAUUUUUGAUCAAACUACAGAAUAUUUUCUUGGGGCUUGUAAAUAUUAUAGAAGAAAAGGAAACAGAGGAAGUACCAGAUGAUCUUGACGGAGCUCCCAUUGAGGAAGAACUAGAUGGUGCUCCGCUAGAGGAUGUGGAUGGGAUUCCUAUUGAUGUUGCUCCUAUAGAUGAUAUUGAUGGAGUGCCCAUCAAAUCACUUGAUGAUGACCUCGAUGGUGUACCUUUGGAUACAACUGAUGAAUCUAAAAAGAAUGAGCCAAUAUUCAAAGUGGCCCCUUCAAAAUGGGAAGCAGUGGAUGAAUCUGCCCUUGAAGCUCAAGCGGUAACAACAUCUAAAUGGGAACUGUUUGACCAGCAUGAGGAAUCAGAAGAGGAAGAAAACCAGAACCAGGAAGAAGAAAGUGAAGAUGAAGAGGAUACUCAGAGUUCUAAAUCAGAGGAGCAUCACAUGUACUCCAAUCCUAUCAGAGAAGAAAUGCCUGAUUCAAAGUCUUCAGUCAAGUACUCUGAAAUGAGUGAGGAAAAGCGUGCCAAACUCCGAGAGAUUGAGCUGAAGGUCAUGAAGUUCCAGGAUGAAUUGGAAUCUGGAAAAAGGCCCAAGAAGCUAGGCCAGAGUUUUCAGGAACAGGUUGAACACUACCGAGAUAAGCUGCUGCAGAGAGAAAAGGAAAAGGAGCUGGAGAGGGAGAGAGAGAGAGACAAGAAGGAUAAAGAAAAAUCUGAAUCCAGAUCUAAAGAGAAGAAAGAAAAAGAAGAAUGUACACCAACAAGGAAAGAGAGGAAAAGACGACACAGCACGUCACCCAGUCCAUCCCGCAGCAGUGGAAGUAGACGAGCAAAAUCACCAUCACCAAAAUCAGAACGCUCGGAGCGAUCUGAAAGAUCCCACAAAGAAAGCUCACGUUCCCGGUCUUCUCAUAAGGAUUCGCCCAGAGAUGCCGGUAAAAAAGCCAAAAGAUCACCAUCUGGCUCAAGGACACCCAAAAGAUCAAGAAGAUCACGAUCCAGGUCACCUAAAAAGUCAGGGAAAAAAUCCAGGUCUCAGUCUCGAUCUCCCCACAGAUCCCACAAGAAAUCAAAGAAGAGUAAACACUGACAAACUGUUAAUUUUUAUGCUGUCAUUUACUGGAAAUGCGGUUUUGUUUUUGUGCCUGAACAGUCUGUUUUAAAAACAAAACAAAAAAAGCAUUCCUAAUUUUUUUGUGAAUGCACGUGUAUACUCAUGAGUAACUGCGUCAGUAGACCUGUCAUUGUUUUAUAUUGUACAAAAUAACCUUCAUUGUGGCUACUUCCCAUGAUGAAAUUCUGUGUUUAGAAACUUCAUCUGAAAUGUGUGUAACUGAUCUGCUGGCAGUAGUGGUAUUUUGUUUUAGAAUGUGACUUAGCAAAAACAGUUGUUCUCUCUCCCCCCCCCCUUUCCUUUUUUUUUGUAGCUUUGACAACUUGAAUUAGAUUUCAAAUAAAAUCUGAAAGAAAA